CCUUUGAACUCGGUGAGGCAUACGAACGUCAUUUGUUUAUACCUGUUGCAAUGGCGACCAUAACGGAACUGAAAUGCGCUCUGAGAGAGAGCCUGGAGUCUCGAGGUGUGUUGGGUCAGCUGAAGGCUCGGAUCAGAGCUGAGGUGUUCAAUGCGCUGGAUGAUCAAAGCGAGCCGCGUCCCGAGCUGUCGCACGAGAACCUUCUAAUCAACGAGCUCAUCCGCGAGUACCUGGAAUUCAACAAGUAUCGAUACACAGCGUCAGUGUUGACAGCAGAAUCCGGUCAACCUGAGGUACCCCUGGACAGACAGUUCAUGGCGAAUGAGCUGAAAGUGGUGGAGGACCCCAGUUCCAGAUCUGUGCCUCUACUGUACGGCUUGCUAUCCCACUUCCUAAGCAGCAGUGGAGACAGUGGAGGGAAGCUGUUUCUCAGGGGCUCAGCACCUGCUACAAUGACCAGAGACCGUAGUAACACACUCCUUGGUCCUGAGUCUUAACACAGGUGUGUCCUGUCUGUCACUCCAGAUUGCACUGGGACUGGGGGUGUUGAGCAUUCUUUCUGCAGUUGAUGUCAAGAAAGCCUUAGUAGUGUGUGUUAAUGUUGCCAAAACAGGUCUGGAUUUUAUUUUAUUUGGCCAAAUGUUCGUUCCCUGAGUGUCUGUAAUGUAGUAAGUUCUUCACUACUGCUAUGUCAGCAUAGCUGUACAUAGUAAGCUUUUGAUGUGCCAAAUUGCUCAUAAAGAUGUAUGUAAAAUAAAUUGUAGAUUUUUUUAAAUAAAGCAUUUUUAGCA